AAAGGAAGUAACUAUUCAAUAUCUAAUAUAAUGAAAAAAGCUAAUUAUUUUAAGUUUAAACAUAUAGACACAAAUUUAUCAUUAAAAGAAAGUGGGUCAGAGAUGCUUCAUCACUUUUAUAAGACAAUUCAAAAUCAAUUAUCGAUAUAUAUAAUUAACUUGAAUGAAGAAUUUUAUUUAGCGUAAUAAAUAAAUAUAUAAAUAAAUAAUUGUACAUAUUUUACGCAUAUUUGUACAGUUGCUAUAAACAUUUGUGCAAUUUUUUUUCGAAUUUUAAAAGUAGGUAUUAUCCGUCAUGCGAUACUAUAUCUUGCUGACGUUAAAUACUUCAAAGUAAUAUUUACUCUACUACAACUAAAUGAACAAAUAAAGAAAAAAAAGUAUAAAAGAACCGAUAAAAUAAAAUAAAAAGAUCGGAUUGUAUAACGUUUUUAUUUUGUUACAUCGUAAAAAGUUAAGGAAGUCUUCCGAAGUGAUAAAAUAUCCAGAUAUUGCCAUUUUAAAAAAGAUUUAAGGGUGAAAUUAUUUUCAAAAUCUGGUUAGCGACACAAAAUAUGGCAUCACUUAGACAUGUGACCAAGAUGGAAUCACACCCCCAUGCAACGAAUGCGUUUUUGAAACUUUACAUAGGUACUUUAUUUCAAUUUCUCUCAUUCGCUAGGUAACAUAUGCAUUUCACUCCCAAGGUCUUUCAACAUCAUCAAGGCUGCAUGUUGCUUGCACAAUAUCGUAUAAUGCUCUCUAAAAAUCAUUUUAGUUUAAAAAAACUAUUUUCGUGAAAUUUGAAAAAUAAUAUUUUUAUGUUUUGAUAGUUUAUGUAUAAAAUGAGGCAAGUUAAAAAUAUGAUUCAUUAACAUAAGUCUCAUUCAUGCACGACACCAUUCGCGCCUGCUGACAUAAAUUAGCAUUUUUUCAGACUGUCUUGUUAUGAACGAAAGUUUUUUACGUUUGUUGAAUUUGCUCAUUUCAAUGUGACAACAUUUUCUGAAACUCUUUGAUGUGAUUCAAGAUUGAAAAUAUUAACUUUAAUAUUAACUCAUUUGCAUUACACAAUAAAUAUGUUUAGUUGACUGCAUGCUUGCACGCAGACUCGUUCAUUACAGAUGAAGCUUAGAUGACAGCAUAUGUUUUACGAACAGAUGUUUUUAAAAUUAUCGAACAUCUCUUUUUCAAUAAAUAAGUUGUUCUAAACUUUUUUAUUGCAUGCAUAAUAUCUACAUACGUUUAUAAAUAUAAAGAAAUUAGUUUUAACAAUUUUAGAUUAACGUAUUUAAUAUUCAAAUUGUUUAAACGUAACUUACUACUUGUGUUAUAAGCAUACUAUUCUUGAGUUGUGUUAUUUUUUACUGCUAUAAGUGUGAUCAACAAAACAUGAAAUUGAAAAUGAAAUCAACAAAAACGGCAUCGGCUAAUGUGUUAUUCAUCAUUGGCGCACUGUGCUGCUUGUGGGCGAUGUUGCUGCUCGAGGAAUGUGGCUGCCACCAGGUUCAUUAUGCACACGAUGAGAAGGACGAUCGACACGCCGAUGGUAACGACACUGCCGACAGCAAGAAAAGCCUUCACGAUCCAAAAAUUGCCAGCAAAGAACACAUAACAGAACAUCUAGAGGAAGAAGCACAUAUGAACUUUACUGACAUGACAGCUGAUGAAUUGGAAUUCUACUACUUCAAGCUUCACGACUUAGACAACAACACGAAACUGGAUGGACUUGAAAUAUACAAGGCCCUCGUUCACUCCAUACCUGAGGCAGACUUCGAAAAAUACUCACGUGAAUAUCUGAAGAAGUUGAAAACUACCAAAAACUUGAGCGACGAACAGCUGGUCGAAGCGAAGUCAGACAUGAAAACGAAAUAUUACUCCAACAUAGUUGACAACAUAUUAGACACUGAUGACGUCAACUUUGACGGUUACAUAACCUAUCCGGAGUUCGUAACAGGAAGGAAGGCGUACGAACAGGAAAAGGAAGUGCCCACGAAAGGCGUACCAAAGACUUAAAAUAUGAUUUUUCAAUUUGUUUUUGUAAUCAUGUAUUUUCCAUUAACUAUUAAAUUUUAUAAAAAAAUUUUAAAUUGCAUUCAAUAAACAUGAUGAAAUUUUGUUGAAUUUAAUUACCUAGGUACUCUGGCAUUGGUGGGGUAUUUAAGGUUUUAUUAUUUUAACAAAAUGAAAUGAAAUAACAUUUCUCGUACAAAUACGGGUUAAUGUACGACAUAGAAAACCUUAUGAAAGUGAAAUAGUAAGCGAUAUUCAUACGUUAAUUCUCCUAAGGAAUAAGUAUUCAUAAUUUUUUUAAGGUUUUGUUGAUGAAAUGUAACUUGCUUAUGAUUUAAUUAUUGUCUUGUUUUUCAUAAAAUACACACAUAUGCAAAACAUACGCGCGCACACAUACAUACAAACACACACAUACAUACAUACGCUCACACACGUUAUUAAUUAUAUUUACUAAUCCAUUCCAUUCGGUCCUAUACAACAAACUGAUUGAUUUAAAGUACUUGCAUAAUUAUCUUCAUCAUUAUUUAAUUAUGCCAUUUUUUGAGACAUUUACUUUACUUAAUAUUAAACUGCAUUAUUUCUAUGUGGCUUCUUCAACAUGUUAAUAUUUUAUGUUUUCAAAUUAUCAAAUGCAUUGUCACGCACACGAUUAUUUAAUUAUUUAAUAAAUUGAUUGAUCGAUUAAUUAAUCAAUCAAUUGAAUUUUUUAAAUAUUUAUAAAUGAUUCCAAUUUAAAUUGACAUAAAA